GCUCUUCUGACUUCAUAUAGAGGGAUGCCAAGAACAACACCAAGAGAGAUCACUGAUUAAAAAAAUGCAACAAGAAGUUGACCCCAUCAUUUAUCCCAAGAAAUGGCAGCUAAAGAGCUUGUAUGCGUGUGUAUAAAUAGUGGAUUAGUUGAGCCUAGGGGUUCAGGUAAGGUAGUAGGAGGAUAGAUGGAGAGGAAAAGAGAGGAGAUGGAGAACGGGAAGUCUGAGCUGAGGUUGGCCAUGGAGGAGCUCUCUCUCUUCCGUUCAGGAGAUGGGGACGAGCAGCAGGUGCAGGAGAAGCAGAGGUCAUCCACCAUGGAUCUCAUCUGUGUCUCCAAGAAACUCAUCCAUGUUCUUGACGGGAUUGGACCCACGUUGCUAGUCCUGAGGCAAGACAUUCAGAAAAAUGUUCAGAGAUUACAAGAUCUGCAUUCAAGAGACCCUUCCAAACACGAGAGCUUGACGGCGAUAGUCACCGAUGAAGUGGAGGAAGGGACAUCAAAGAAGACCAACAGCUGCACCAGAGCUAUUAUAUGGCUUGGCAGGUCAAUAAAUUUCUCAAAAUAUUUAUUGGAGAGGCUACUGAAAACCCCUGAGUCGAGCCUGGAAGAGGUUGUGGAAGAAGCAUAUAAAUGUACUCUGAAGCCAUGGCAUGGCUGGAUCUCAUCAGCUGCUUACAAGCAUAGUUGCAAACUGUCAGGUGGCACUGAAGCUCAUCCCAGAAAGAGAGACCUUCAUAGCGCUGCUGAUGGGGAGCUGUCAAAAUUUUGAGGAUCUUGCAGAAGAUGUGAAGAUCUUGAUCUGUGUUGUUCAGCCCCUGUUAGAGGAGAUCGAUGCCAUUUUGGUACCAAUUUGGUUUCCAAAUAAUUAACCACACAUAUGUUUACAGAGAUUGAUCAUGUUGCAAUGUUUGAUCAGAAUUUGCUCAUAACAGUCUGUAUACGGUUUGCAGGCUACGCACAACUUGAACAAGCUGAAAUCCAAUUAAACACAAGGGAUUUCCGAUCACCUGAUGGACGUCUAUACAUACCUGCAGAAUCUAACCUUGCUUUGUCCUUGUAAAACUGAAAAGGUCUUAGUUUUGGGUGUUUGCUUGUAGAUUUCAAGUGACAAAAUGAAUGUGAAAAAAGUGUUUGUGUUCU